AUGGGGGACUGGAACUUGUUGGGCAGCAUCCUUGAAGAAGUGCACAUCCACUCCACCAUAGUUGGCAAAAUCUGGCUCACAAUCCUGUUCAUAUUCCGGAUGCUGGUGCUGGGAGUGGCUGCUGAGGAUGUCUGGGAUGAUGAACAGUCAGAGUUCAUCUGCAACACAGAGCAACCUGGCUGCAGCAAUAUAUGUUAUGACAAGGCCUUCCCUAUCUCUUUGAUCAGAUAUUGGGUAUUGCAGAUCAUAUUUGUCUCUUCUCCAUCUCUUGUUUACAUGGCCCAUGCACUGUACAGAUUAAGGGCUCUAGAGAAAGAGCGACAGAAGAGAAAAGCCCACCUGCGGGCUCAGCUAGAAGAUCUGGAGCCCAUGCUCGAAGAACACCGGAGAGUGGAGAGGGAGCUGCGGAAACUGGAAGAACAGAAGAAAGUGAAUAAGGCACCCUUGAGAGGGUCCCUGCUGCGCACCUAUGUCCUACAUAUCCUGACUCGCUCGGUGGUUGAAGUGGGCUUUAUGAUAGGUCAGUAUCUUUUGUACGGGUUUCACAUGCCACCCCUUUACAAAUGCACUCGGCCCCCUUGCCCUAACACAGUGGAUUGUUUUGUGUCCCGACCCACAGAGAAGACCAUAUUUAUGGUCUUCAUGCACAGCAUCGCCGCUGUCUCCCUGUUUCUCAACAUCCUUGAAAUCGCCCACCUGGGCCUCAAGAAGAUCCACAAGACCCUCUACUGGCGGCCGCGGCGGCUGGCGGGCCCUGUGGUUGACGAAGCCAGCCCUUACAACUCCAAGAAGAACUCCGUGGUCCCAUCGGCCUGCCCGACCGCCAACACCUUCCCUCCCCUCGCCGCCACCUCCCCACCGCCCCCCACCGUCCCCUCGGCCGCCUCCGCCCCUUCAGUCCCUCCGGGGUCUCCGGGCCGUCAGCACCACGGAGAGCUCCGCGCCACAGCCCCGCCGCGCCGCCGGCACAGCGCGGCUCAGCACCACGGACAGCAGCCGCCUCCCUCCUCCAGCAGCGAGGAGGCGCCGCAGGCGGCGGGGCCGAGGGCGGCGGGACCCGGAACGGAGGCGGGCGGCAGGGUGCCCCGCAAGCAGAGCCGCGUGAGCGUCUGCCGCGACCUGGAGGAGAACCGCGGGGAAUCCCCGGACAGCGGGCACUGCCCGGGCACCCGAAAGUCCAGCUUCCUCUCCCGGGUGCUCUCCGAGAGCCGAGCGGGCAGCGACAGCGAGAGCGCCGCCUCCCGCCGGGGAUCCGGUCCCGGCUCCGCCUCCUGCUCCGGCUCCGAGGGGCAGCGCCGCGAGGAGGGCAGCCCGGCCGGCAGCCCGCCGCCGCCCGCCGCCAUGGGACGCCGCGUGUCUAUGGCAAGUAGCGGCCCCGGGGAGCGGGUGGGGGGCCCAGGCCUAACCUGGCCCCGGGGAGCAGGCGGGGGGUCCAGACGGCCGGGGCAGCUCUGCUAGGCCUCCUGUCACAGCCACGGCUAUGGCCAUGCCCCGCACCCUCGGCGCCCUUCGGCGGGAAAAGCAGAAGCUUUGCUAGGGAGUUGUCCUGUCCCGCGGGGCCAAAGUCACGAAGGAUCGACUCCUUAAGCUCGUGGCGUCACCCCAGUGGUUUCCAUGAGGACGUCGUCUGUCCCACGGGCAGCUUGUCCAGCUCCAGCCUCCUCAGCACCGUGAGGCAGAAGUUUCUAGUUGGCCGAGACCAGCGGCUCUACUUCAGCCGCAUGGGCUGCUCCCAGGGCUGACCACUCAGCUGGGUGAUUGCUCAGUUAAUGAACCUAAACGUCUGCGUAUGAUUCACCAAAUAUUUGCCACCACAACCCCAGCGACGGCAGAACUGCAUUUCCAUCAGCUGUUCAUAUUAUUUGGCUGUAUGUUCUAAACUUGCAUACACUCAGUGUUACUACCAUGCUUGCCUCCCUGCACCAAUGAGUAGAUUCUUUUCUCACCCCUCCUUUCCCCUCUCCUCCUU